ACGGGCAGCACGUCACAAACACCGGCGUUUGGACAAGCUGUGAUGGGCGAUAAAGCAGUGCCCUUUGGACAGGCCGCGACGGGCGGCACGUCACAAACACCGGCGUUUGGACAAGCCGCGACGGGCAAUACGUCGUCCGCUUUUGGGCAGGCCGCGACGGGCAAUACGUCGUCCGCUUUUGGGCAGGCCGCGACGGGCAAUACGUCGUCCGCUUUUGGGCAGGCCGCGACGGGCAGCACGUCACAAACACCGGCGUUUGGACAAGCCGCGAGUGGGGUGGGCGGAACCGGGGUAACUAUAUGUGCGAAUCCACCUAAUGCUGUUGGUGGGUCUUUUGGGCCUCCGUCGAGCGCUUUCUCCCCCGUCUCUGGUGCUUUUGCUCCGAGUUUCGGGGCCCCGAGUGCUUUUGGUUUUGGGGGUUUGAAUCCGACUGCGUCAGCGUUUUCCGGAAGCGUGUUUGCCCAACCAGCUGGCGCUUUUGCUUCUUCUGGUACCGCUGCGGGGGGCUCCUUUGGGGGGCCAGGUGCGUUUAGUCAGGUGAAUGCUGUUAGUGGUCCAGCAGCAACGGCAGGGAGGGCCUUUGGUGGGACUGCGAGUGUUUUUGGCAAUCCGCCAUCAAGUGGAAACGGAGCCUUUGGCCAACAAGGAAGUGUAGGUGCAAUUGGUGGUGUGGGAGCCAAUGGGGCUGGUUCUGCUAGUGUGUUUUCAAACGCCAGUACAACAUUCAAGCCGUCUUCUUUUUCUGCUGUUGCGGGUAACUACAAAGCUGCUCCGCAAUUUAAGAGCGUGUUUGGCGCCCAUUAA